ACAGUCCGCUAGCGGCAGCGCAGAGCCGGGGCGGCGGUGCCGGGGACACCCGCUGCGCACCUCCCCGCUCCGCACCGCACCGCACCGCUUCGCACCGCACCGCUCCGCACCUCUCCGCGCAGGGCAGCGCAGCGCGGCGGCACCGCUCCGCCCGCAGGGAGCCGGGCUCGCUCCGGGCAGCAUGGUCCCCGCGGCGGGACCGGCCGGGCGGCGGGGGGCGGCGGGCCGCAUCCUCACCCUGCUGGCGGCCGCAGCCAUCCUCCGCCUCCGAGCCGCAGGUGAAAUGGAAAUUCCAGAUUCAAAUGACCCCUUAGGUCAUGUGGAUGGACUUGAGAGACCAAUUCCAACACCUAAAGGUUACUUUCUGACCUUUUUGGAACCAGUAAACAAUAUCACUGUAGUCCAGGGGCAAACAGCAAUCCUCCACUGCAAGGUAGCAGGAAAUCCAUCUCCAAAUGUCAGAUGGCUAAAAAAUGAUGCUCCUGUGGUGCAGGAGCCAAGACGUAUCAUCAUAAGAAAAACAGAUUAUGGUUCACGUCUGAGAAUCCAGGAUCUCGAUACCACGGAUACAGGAUACUACCAGUGUGUGGCUUCCAACGGGAUGAAGACGAUAACUGCAACAGGAGUGUUGUUUGUAAGGCUUGGUCCAACAAACAGCCCAAAUCACAAUCUUCAAGAAGAUUACCACGAAGAUGGUUUCUGUCAGCCAUACAGAGGAAUUGCAUGUGCACGAAUCAUUGGAAACAGGACCAUUUAUGUGGACUCCCUUCAGAUGCAAGGGGAAAUUGAAAAUCGAAUUACUGCUGCAUUUACCAUGAUUGGCACUUCCACACAUUUGUCUGAUCAGUGCUCACAGUUCGCCAUACCAUCCUUCUGCCACUUUGUGUUUCCUCUGUGUGAUGAGCGCUCUCGGACCCCGAAGCCACGGGAGCUGUGCCGGGAUGAAUGUGAAGUUCUGGAGAAUGAUCUCUGUAGACAGGAGUACAACAUCGCGAGGUCAAACCCCCUCAUAUUGAUGCAGCUGCAGUUGCCUAAGUGUGAGGAUCUCCCACGACCUGACACACUGGAAGCUGCUAACUGCAUAAGGAUUGGGAUCCCUGUGGAGAGACUCAGCCGAUAUCAUCAAUGCUACAAUGGUUCUGGAGCAGAUUACAGAGGGACAGUCAGCGUUACCAAAUCUGGCCACACUUGUCAACUCUGGGACUCCCAGAGUCCCCACAAUCAUGACCUGACAAGCACACAGUUUCCAGAGCUAGGUGGAGGACAUGCAUAUUGCCGAAAUCCUGGAGGUCAGAUGGAUGGGCCUUGGUGUUUUACAAAGAAUAAAAACGUACGCAUGGAACUGUGUGACAUACCUUCUUGUAGUCCACGUGACAACAGCAAAAUGGGAAUCCUCUACAUCCUGGUUCCCAGCAUAGCAAUCCCUUUGGUUAUUGCCUGCCUUUUCUUCCUGGUCUGUAUGUGUAGAAACAAGCAGAAGGCAUCUGCUGCUACACCACAGCGCCGCCAGCUGAUGGCAUCUCCUAGCCAGGACAUGGAAAUGCCACUCAUUAAUCAACACAAGCAGGCUAAACUUAAAGAAAUUAAUCUGUCUACUGUACGGUUUAUGGAAGAACUAGGAGAGGAGAGAUUUGGCAAAGUCUACAAGGGGCAUCUUUUUGGUACUGCACCAGGUGAACAAACGCAAGCUGUUGCUAUCAAGACACUUAAAGACAAAGCAGAACUGGCUCUUCGGGAAGAAUUCAAACAUGAGGCAAUGAUGAGAUCACGAUUACAGCACCCAAACAUCGUUUGUUUGCUGGGAAUUGUGACAAAGGAACAACCCAUAAGUAUGAUUUUCAGUUAUUGCUCCCACAGUGACCUCCAUGAGUUCUUGGUGAUGAGAUCUCCCCAUUCGGAUGUCGGCAGCACUGAUGAUGACAAGACAGUCAAAUCCACUCUGGAACCAGCAGACUUCUUCCACAUCGUGACUCAGAUAGCUGCAGGAAUGGAGUAUCUUUCAAACCACCAUGUUGUUCAUAAGGACUUAGCCACUAGAAAUAUAUUGGUGUUUGAUAAACUGAAUGUGAAAAUAUCUGAUUUAGGCCUUUUCAGGGAAGUUUAUGCUGCUGAUUACUACAAACUGAUGGGAAAUUCCCUUCUUCCUAUCCGUUGGAUGUCCCCUGAGGCUAUUAUGUAUGGCAAGUUUUCUAUUGAUUCAGAUAUAUGGUCAUAUGGAGUUGUGUUGUGGGAAGUUUUCAGCUAUGGCCUGCAGCCUUACUGUGGUUAUUCUAACCAGGAUGUCAUUGAGAUGAUCAGGAAUCGACAGGUUUUGCCAUGUCCUGACGACUGCCCCACAUGGAUAUACACUUUGAUGUUGGAGUGUUGGAAUGAAUUUCCCAACAGAAGACCAAGAUUUAAAGAUAUACACAACAGACUUAGAACGUGGGGAAACCUUUCUAAUUACAACAGCUCAGCACAAACCUCUGGGGCGAGCAACACCACACAAACAAGUUCUCUCAGCACAAGCCCUGUCAGUAACGUCAGCAAUGCUAGGUACAUUGGACCAAAGCAGAAAACUCCAGCUUUCCCUCAACCGCAGUUCAUACAAAUGAAAGGGCAGAUGAGACCGAUGGUUCCACCUCCUCAGCUCUACAUUCCAGUCAACGGUUACCAGCCAAUGCCCGCCUAUGGCGCCUAUUUGCCAAAUUUUUACCCUGUCCAAAUUCCAAUGCAAAUGGCUCCUCAGCAAAUGCCCCCCCAGAUCAUUCCCAAACCAGGCUCCCACCACAGCGGGAGUGGAUCCACCAGCACAGGCUAUGUAACAACAGCUCCUUCCAAUGCAUCGGUGGCUGACAGGGCUGCUCUGCUCUCAGAGGGCACAGAUGACACGCACAAUGGAGCAGAAGACAUUGCUCAGAAUCCUGUCCAGGAGGAGGAGGAAGAGGAGGGGUCUGUGCCAGAAACAGAAUUGCUCGGUGAUAAUGACACACUUCAGAUGGACGAAGCAGAAAUUCAGUCAGAAGCCUAAGGAAUGUGGCCUCGUUACUAAGGAUUUCACAUCACUUCUGUGAUUGGAGACUGUAGAUCCUUAGGCUUAAGAUCAAUGAAUUUGAUUUGACUAAAAGAAGCACAACCAAAAAUCUACACCCAUGUAAAUUACAGCAAUAAUGAUAUAAUGGGUUUAUUGACCAUUGUCACCAUCAGCAUUUUGCAAAUAUGAUGGUAUGGAAUUGCUGGGUUUAAUCUUUUUUACAGUCCUACAGUUCUUGAGGGAAGCUGCUUUUCAGUAAUGUACUGUUGCUGUGCAACAUAUUGCUGAGUAGCAUUGCACAUCAUGUAUAUCAUGAUAUGUGAGUGUAAUGUUAGUGAAUUAUGCUUAAACCAAUAACACAAAAAGGAAUCCAACUACAGUUGCCCUCAGCAUUUAGAAGUGCCCUGGUUGUGAUGAACAGCUUAGUUUAUAGUAUUUAUCUCUUUGAUAUAAUGGACACAAGAUUGUUGUUUGCUUUUUGAGUCUGAAAAAAUAACAACUUGAGAAUACUGAUCCAUGGUUGUAUUAUAAGAAAAGUAGGUAAAACGAACGUAAAAUUGGCUGUGCUGAGUGAGACCAUGGGUCUGUCUAGCCCAUGUGCAUGUCUCCACAGACAGUCAAUAGUGUCUGCCCAGGGAAGAGUACAAGGGCAAUUUCCCUUGUACCGCUUCCCCAGGGUAUUUCCCCAGGCUCCAGCAACUUGUGGCUUAGGGACUUCCCAAGCCAGAGGUGGAAUUUUUUUUUUUGUUUCAUAACCUUCAAUGGAAUUUUCUUCCAUGAAUUUAUCCAAAAUGAUUGGGAACCCACAUAAACUUAUAGCAUCCACAACAUCCUGUGGAAUAACAUAAGAGAAGAGAGGAUGUCUUUCUUUCAUCAUUCCCAAUGAAUGACUGUGACAGAAGCUUCCAAAUGAGAUCGUCUGACUGCAUUUGUGGAUGAAAGUAUUUCUUCUCUGCUGUGUAUUUUCAGCAGCAAGCAGCCUUAAUACACUGUUAAUCAAAAAUGGGGAUAUUGUAGGUAUGCACUAACUUAACAAUCCAACUUUAAUUGCAUAUUGGUUGUCAAGUAUAGAAAAGGGCUCCACAUACAUGUUCCUACAUUGUAAAAAUGUUGGGGUUUGUGCGGGGUUAUAAACUCACUUGAUUUACUGCAAUUACUGCUGGAUUGCAUGUGAAACCAUGUAUUUUUUUCCUGCCUCUUUAGUGAAAAUGGUUCUUUGAACUUUAGAAGACCAAAAUAAGCAAUAUUGUACAGAGUGCUGGUUUUGUCUUCUAUUUGCAGGAUGAAUCAUGUACAGACCUUUAAAUGUAAUUUAUGUUUUACUACAUUUUAUAUACUUUUUUUCUUUUGAAAUAUUUGGAUUUUUUGAACAAAUGACUUUAUAACUUAAUCAUUUACAAUAUUCACAUGUGGUACAGUUUUAUUGUAUUGCUGUUUCCUUUUGUUAAACAAGCAGACAGGUCCAUACAUUUCACGACUCUUUCUGUAAUACAAGAAAUACACACUCUUGUUGUAGUAUUGUAGCCAACACACGCUAUAGCUAUAAGUUCUACAUCCAGCACAUGGAGUAUUCAAUAAAGUAAUGCAAAAAGUAUGAUUAAGUAUGUUAUCUUUAUAGUUCCUACAGCUGUUGUUUUGUUGUGGUACAUGUCAAAGUAGAAAUGGCCACAGUCCCUUAGGUUACAGGUUUCAUGCCUAAACUAUUGAUUGUUUUGUUGUGCGUGGUUUUUUUUUUUGUUUGUUUGUUUUUUUAAUUACAUGGGGAUACAUUUUAAGUCAUGUAUCAUUGUGAUCUAAACUCUACAUUCAUGGUAUGGCAGCAUUGCUUGUUUCCAGCAUUUCACCUGGAUUUGGAAAUGCACUGGUAGGAAUAAAAUAUGAAAACUUUAUUGCUUGUGUUAAUAUAAUGCAGCUUUGGGUGCUAUUAAUAAAUAAAGGAUAAAUAAAUAAAUA